AAAAGUUUAUAGAAUCAUCUUACAACCAUCGGAUAUGCUAGAAUUAGUAUAAUAUUAAACAAAAAAUAGAAAACAAUGUAUUUAUAGCAACAGUUAAUUAAAAUUGGACAAGAAAUCUCCACUGACAAUGAUCGAUUAGAAAUGCACUAAUCAGGAAUGAUAUUCUCGAUGACGGCGCUACUGUUGUGACUUGCGCCUUACUAUAGUUUUAUGAUGAAAUCAUCAUUGUAUUACGUUUUAUCAAUCAGAGAUGGGUAACUUCUCCUCCAUCGCAGACCGCACGGUCGCCACUAUGAAUCCAUCUGUUCCCCCACUACUUAAACUUAAUCGUCAACACAUAUUUAACAACAAAAAACAUGCGUCAUACAAGGCUCUGCGAUAUCAAAUACUGGGAAUUGUUGCUUCCCAUCUCACUGGACUAUGCAGAUUUUAUAAAAGUAAAGUUUGGAUAAGUAAUAAUAUGGCUACAUACAUAGAGAAAGAUCAGGUAGAUCACAUGGAUGAAAAGUUUUCUAAUUCAGAUAUUAAAAUAGUACCUCAUGGAAAAGAAACAUUAAAGCAUUCAUUUUAUAUUCACAAACAAUUUUUUCCAUAUAUUGUUGGUUUCAAAAAUAAUGUACGUCAAAAAAUAGAAAUUGAAACUAAAACAAGAAUAGAAGUUCCCAAAAUAGGACAAAAUGGAAAUAUAGUUAUAAUAGGAUCAGAUCGUAAAGACAUAUUAUCAGCUCGAAAUCGAAUUGAUAUAAUUGUAGAAGCAUCUAGGAAAAAUAUAAGAUACACACAUUUCCUGUCUAUACCAUUAACUGUUGAGGGGAUUAUUGAAAAUUUCAAUUUGUUUAAAAGUAAUGUCAUUCAAAAAUAUGGGGGAAUUGCUACAGGCAUUGAAGAAAUUCUUUUUCAGAAACCAUAUAUAUUGCAUCUUACUUUAGGAAUGCUUACUUUACUAGAUGAAGGAGAAAUAAAGCAAGCAGUACAAACGUUAAUGGAUUGCAAACAACAUGUUAUUGAACCUUUCAUUGAAAAGCAUGGCUUAUUUACCAUAGAAAUAAAAGGUGUUGAUUGCAUGAAUGAUGAUCCAAGUGCUGUUAAAAUUCUUUACGGAAUAGUAUUUACAGAAAAUGAUGCAUUGCAAGAAUUAUCUAAUCGAAUUGUAGACUAUUUUGCAGAAAAGAAAUUAAUGCCAAAAAGAACCAAGGAUGUUAAAUUACAUGCUACAUUUAUGAAUAUAUCGUACAGAAGAAACAAUAAAAAUUUCACAAUAGUCAGAGAUAUGUACAAAUUAUUUGAUGGCACGCAAAUUAUAAAUGAAUACAAAGAUACAUUGUUUGGUAAAACAGUUUUAAAAGAAAUUCACUUAUCACGACUUAUUAGAUCUACUCCCAAUCAUAUGAAUUACUAUGAGGCAGAAGGUAAGAUUACAUUGAGUGAGGAACAACAAUAAUAAAAAAGUAAAUAAGAGAUUUAUUUCCUGUCACGUCAUUUUGCAAAAUGUACGUAAAUAUUUUAACUAUACGUAUCUCAAAGUUAUACAUAUCAAUAACGAAAUAAUAUUUUAAUAAACGUACAUAUACACGUACCUUUAAACG